GAAACAAGAAAACACAACUGCAUACAAGCAAUGACGAGAAAAGAGCCAAAACACAUGUUUUGCUUUUUCCCCUUCUUCUGUUUCUUCUUCUCAUUCAUUGCACAAAACACCGUCCCAAACAUGGCUUAUCCACUCUCAACAAGCUCCCGUUGGAUUGUCGACGAGAAUGGUCAACGAGUGAAGCUAGCGUGUGUGAACUGGCCAUCGCACCUCCAGCCCGUGGUGGCUGAAGGGCUGAGCAAGCAACCGGUGGACGCUGUGGCCAAGAAGAUAGUUGAAAUGGGUUUCAAUUGUGUUAGGUUAACUUGGGCGUUGGAUUUGAUGACUAAUGAGACAUUAGCUAAUAAUGUCACAGUGAGGCAAUCUUUUCAAAGCUUUGGUCUUAAAGAUGACAUUGUUGGCUUCCAAACUAACAACCCCUCCAUUAUUGAUAUCUCCCUCAUUGAAGCUUUCAAGAUGGUGGUUACUACAUUAGGAAACAAUGAUGUGAUGGUUAUAUUAGACAACCACCUAACCAAACCAGGGUGGUGCUGCGCCAACAACGACGGUAACGGUUUUUUCGGUGACAAGUUCUUCGAUCCCACCGAAUGGACCGCCGCUUUGAGUAAAAUGGCGGCGACGUUCGAUGGCGUCUCUAAUGUCGUUGGCAUGAGUCUAAGGAAUGAACUUAGAGGGCCUAAACAAAACGCGGACGACUGGUUCAAGUAUAUGCAACAAGGAGCGGAAGCAGUUCAUGCAGCAAACAAGAACGUACUUGUAAUCCUGUCCGGUCUAAGUUUCGACGCCGAUCUCUCUUUCGUUAGGUCCAGACCCGUAAAACUAUCAUUCACCAAAAAACUCGUGUUCGAGCUCCAUUGGUACUCUUUCAGUGACGGAAACUGGGCGACCAACAACCCUAACGAUAUCUGCGGUCGAGUUCUAAACCGGAUAAGAAACGGUGGCGAGUUUCUCCUCAACAAAGGCUUUCCCUUGUUCCUCAGCGAGUUUGGUAUAGACGAAAGAGGAGGAAACGCAGAUGAUAAUCGCUAUUUCGGAUGUGUAAGUGGUUGGGCGGCCGGUAAUGAUGUUGAUUGGUCGCUAUGGGCCCUAACCGGAAGUUAUUACUUGAGAGAAGGUAAGGUCGGUUUGGUUGAGUAUUAUGGUGUGUUGGAUUCGGAUUGGAUUAGCGUUCGAAACUCGAGUUUCUUGCAAAAGAUCACUCUUCUUCAAUCUCAGCUUCAAGGACCGGGGCCUUCAACUGAUGCUUACAAUCUGGUUUUCCAUCCAUAUACCGGACUCUGCCUAGUACGGUCUCUCAAUGACACGACAAUGCUUACUCUUGGUCCAUGCAACAGUUCCGAACCAUGGAGCUACACUAAGCAAACACUACGAAUCAAAGACCAGUCUUUGUGUUUACAGAGCAACGGACCAGGAAACAGGGUUACGAUGACUAAGACGGAUUGUUCAAGUCCCGGUUCAAUAUGGCAGACUAUCUCGGCAUCUAAGAUGCACUUAGCUUCAACAACAAGUAACAACACUUCUGUUUGCCUUGACGUGGCCGCAGACGACAAAGUUCUGGCUAAUGCUUGCAAAUGUCUGAGUAAGGACAGUUCUUGUGAGCCAAUGAGCCAAUGGUUCACUAUCAUUAACGCAACAAGGCCAUUGAAGGGAUCAAGACUGUACAAACAGUUGGAGAAUUUGUCUCCCAAAUCGGAUUUGCUGUAAAGCUCUUAAUAUGACUAGCAAACUAUUAGAAAAUUAAUUAAGUCCUCGUUUUAGAUUAGAAAAAUAAUCAAGAAAAUGUUAGAAUAUCUC